AUGGGCGGCGCUUUCAACAUCACCACUACUCCUGGCGCCAUCGUGCAGACCUCGCCCGAUGGCGUGCAACAGGUUUACAACUUGGCAGAUGUGGCUUGGGUGAUUGCUGCAGUGUGCUUUGUAUUUCCAAUCAUCCCGGCCAUCGGCUUCCUCUACUCCGGUCUUUCCACGCGCAAAUCUGCAGCGGGCAUGCUAUUCGCAGCGCUGAUGACUGCCAGCAUCAGCGGGGUGCAAUGGUUCCUCAUCGGACACUCUCUUGCUUACUCUGGUGAUGCCGGCAGUGGCUUCAUCGGCGACUGGCGGCGCUUCGGUUACGUGAACAUCGAGUCCAGCGUUCCGUUCGCCUUUGCUAUUCCAGAAGUGCUCUACGCACUCUUUCAGUACGAGUUUGCUGCUUGCACCGCCGCCAUCAUCGUUGGAGGAGUGAGCGGAAGGGCGAGAAUGGCACCGCUGAUGGUGUUCAUCUUCCUGUGGAUCACCCUGGUGUACUGCCCCAUUGCGCAUUGGGUAUGGUCAUCCAGCGGUUGGCUCUACAAUCUUGGUGUAGCGGACACUGCCGGGGGAACCCCGGUGCACAUCGCUUCAGGCAUCUCGGCCUUGUCCCUCAGUCUCUACAUUGCAAGUCCUCUGGCUGGGAGCGGGUGGUUAACGGCGAAGGACCUCCGACCGCCGCACAAUCCACUGUUGGUCCUCAUAGCCACGCUAUUGAUCUGGAGCGGUUGGCUGGCCUUCGAUGGAGCUGGGGGUUUCAUGGCUCUCAACUUGAGGAGCGUCAUGGCUGCGAGCGUAACGUGCUUGUCUGCAUGCGCAGGAAGCCUCUCCUGGUCCAUCUUGGACUAUGUCAGGUCCCGGAGAUGGAGCAUUGUUGCGGGAUGUAGCGGAGCCAUUGCCGGGCUAGUCGGCAUCACGCCCGCUUGCGGAUUUGUCGGGCACCCGACCGCAGUCUUGAUCGGCGCGCUAAAUGGAGUAGUCUGCAAUUAUGCUACGAAGCUUAAGAACUGGCGCUUUACGCGUUUCCACGAUCCAGCCGACGUUGUGGCUUUGCACUUCGUUGGUGGCGUCGUCGGUAACAUGAUGACCGGAUUCUUCGCCCAAAAGCAACUGGCUGCCCUCGACGGCGUUACCGAGUUCGCAGGUGGCGCCUUCAUAGAUGGCCACUGGAAACAGAUCGGCAUCCAAUUGGCAGAUUCUGUCGCCGCAACAGUCUGGGCUUUCGUGAUCACGUUUAUUUUGGCUGCCAUUGUAGGGCACAUUCCAGGCUUGCAUUGGCGAGUGUCGCCCUCAGCCCUCUUGUCGGGAUCGGAUGAAGAAGACAUGGAGGAGCUGUUGGGAGAGGAGCGCUGCUUCGAAGAUGAAGACAUACCAGGAAUGGUGCCCGCAGGUUCUGAUCGACUCUCACCAGCCAACUCUGUCUCCAAGGAAGAGGUGGAUAGCGGAGUCGAUGGCCAAGCUCAGGAUCGAGUACACCACCUUGCCGCCUAA